UCUGCAUUAAUGGCAUGCAUAGGCAUAUUGUGCCAUGAUGUUACCAUUUAACAACUUUGUUGCUUAACAGGAUGCAUUUAAGAUGCUUAACUCUCCAAUAGGGCUGCCCCCUAAUAGUCGACUAACCGUAAGUCGUCGAGAAGAGGCUUAGUUGACAAAUUGGUAUUAGUCGGUUAGCUGCAGAAGAAGAAAAAAACCUCCACAGGAAGUGGCGAAAUCACACAGUCUGUGACGGACAGAUCAUUACGGCAGGAAAUCUAAACAUUCGCCCAUCAUUCAUUGACCUCAAUUGUAUUUGAUGUCGUCGCUUGUCUCGCAAAAUGUCUGGAAUUACUUUGAAUAUGAUCUCACAAAAUCUUACAAAAUGGAAAUACUUUGGAUCAAAUGAAUUAAUGAAACUGAGUUAUCACAUGAAAUCCAAACAAGAGUCGAAUGAGGAAAGAGCUGUCCAUCACUGCUUUCAUGACUGCAGUGUCUGUCAGCGGAGUGUUGCGGCUAUAUCAGUAUUGGCCAAUAUAUAGGUUUCUAAGCGAGGAGAUAAUGAGAGUUCACACACAUACCAGAUUCUGCUUUCUCUGCGUGCUGACCCUGUUGUACCAUCAGUGCAGUCACUGCCAUGAAGGAGGGUCCCACCAUCACCACGGGCACAACCAUGCUGACCAUGACCAUGACCAUGUCCACAAUGACCUUCAGAUUUCAGAAUUGUCCUGCGAUAGUUUAUCGAACCGGUUAGUACACGGCAGCCACGGCGAACCUGCAGAGAACGAGCAACGUUACUACAUUCACCAGUUGUUCUGUCGGUAUGGCCAGAAGGAUCGUCUGGAUUUUAAAGGCUUCCAGAGUUUGCUGUUGAGUUUAGGGCUGGGCGAGGUGCGGGUGGUUGGGCUGGAGCACGAGGAUCUUGGCCACGAUCAUGUGGCACACUUGGAUAUUCUAGAGGUUCAGGAAGGACGGCAUUCGCAUUCGGCCGGCCAUCCGCACCCUCACCAGAAGACCCACAUCUCCCACAAGAACCACCACGAGAAUGAAGAACACGGCCCUGCCGAGGAGCUACCAUGCAGCAAAACACUUGGCACCAGAGCCGAGAGCACUACUCACAGUGGAUCUGAGAAACAUGUCCAUGAGAAAGACAGUGAACACAUCCACAGACAUGUCACUGACAGUCCUCAAACUCAAGAUCAUGAUGAUGACCACACACAUUCACACACGCACAGUCAAAAACAAGACAGUGGUGUGCCACAACAACUGGAUCAUGAUCAUGAUCAUGAUCAUGAUCAUGAUCAUGACCAUGACCAGCACAAUCAUGACCAAAAGAGUAGUGAACAUACACAAGAAAAUAAUGAUCUCAGUGACCAAAGCCACCAUCAUCAUGACCACCAUCACCACAAGCACCCCCAUCCUCAUCUCCAUGGUCUAGACAGCGUGGAGCACACCUCAGCAACGCCUCAGCUCACAGCCAGAAUCCAGCCUUCUGCUCCAACUGAGCUACCCACCACACAACCCAGAAGAAACAGGAGACCACCUAAAGUCAGAGCCUCUCGAGGCCGCAACAAGACCAGCAUCACUGUUACUCAGGCCGUCGAGCUGGAGACCAUCGGAGCUGACCAUGAGCACAGUGGCCAGGACCACAGUCCUAUUCAGCCGCAGAGGAACAGGAGAGAGGUGCCAGGAGAAGAUCUGUCUGUGAAAUCACAUGCACAUGGUGUUUUUCACCAACACGAGGAGUGUCUGAAUUUAACAGAGCUGCUACACCAGUAUGGACUGAGCUCAGAUUCCCUCAUAUCUCCAGUGCAGUUCACCUAUUUAUGUCCAGCAUUACUCUACCAGAUAGACAGACGCUUCUGCAUCCUUCAUUAUCACCACGUUGAGUCUGAGGCACAAGAUGCAACAUCUUCAGUGUUGGUCUGGACGUGGGGCUUUGUGUCGAUCACCAUCAUCAGUUUGCUGUCUCUGCUGGGUGUUGUUCUGGUGCCCAUCCUCAACCAGUCCUGCUUCAAGUUUCUCUUGACCUUCCUAGUGGCACUGGCAGUGGGAACCCUCAGUGGUGACGCCUUGCUGCAUCUACUCCCGCACUCUCAAGGAGGCCAUAAUCACAGUCAUGAAGGACACACAGAGGAAGAACCUGUAGAGGAUUUUCUGACAAAGUUUGACGGAGUUUGGAAAGGACUGACUGCACUAGCAGGAAUCUACCUCCUCUUCAUCAUUGAACAUUGCAUCGGCAUGUUCAAACACUACAGCGACCAAAGGGGAAACCUCUGCCAGAGAAAGAAAAAAGGAGAGCAGGCAGAGAUCGGGAGAAAAUUGUCAGACCACAAACUCAACAGGCGUUCAGAUGCUGAGUGGCUCCAUCUGAAGCCUCUAACAGAAGGAGAAGGUACUACAUGUGAAGCUGGACACAAUGACACUCAGAUGACGGAGUUGCAGCCUCUGGAUUCCCCCAGCAAGAUGCCGCUAGCCAUCUCUGAUUCAGAUCACCCCUAUAAGGGGGCUGUAAAAACAGAAGAGGACAGUGGGCCAAAAGCCAAGUCAAAAAAGCAUGGACAUGGACACGGCCAUGGUCACUCCCACCAUGGGCACUGUCACUCUGACCAGGAAAUGAAAGAUGCAGGGAUUGCCAGCAUAGCAUGGAUGGUCAUUAUGGGAGAUGGCAUGCAUAACUUUAGUGAUGGACUCGCUAUAGGUGCUGCUUUCAGUGCUAAUAUUACGGGUGGCAUUAGUACUUCAGUAGCUGUGUUCUGUCACGAACUGCCCCACGAACUAGGUGACUUUGCUGUUUUAUUGAAAGCUGGGAUGUCAGUGAAGCAAGCUAUUGUGUACAACGUCCUCUCUGCCUUGAUGGCUUAUGCUGGAAUGGUGAUAGGCACGGCCGUGGGACAGUACACGCACAACGUCACCAGCUGGAUCUUUGCUGUUACUGCUGGCAUGUUUCUUUAUGUGGCAUUAGUGGAUAUGUUGCCAGAGAUGCUUCACGGUGACAGCGAGGAGCACAAACGCUGUGAGAUGGGUCACUUCGUCCUGCAGAACUUUGGCAUGCUCACGGGAUUCGGCAUCAUGCUGCUGAUCGCCAUCUUCGAGGAUCACAUUGUGAUUGAUUUUGGCUUCUAGCUGGAGACUGUGAUGGGGGGGUGUCAUUCAGCUACAUUCACACACGUGCUUUGCCCUAAAGUGGCUUUGUGGUACAGUCUUGCAAGCAUGUCUCAGAAGACAGCAUCAGUAGCUUACAGUGGACAUGGACAUGCAAAAAAACAUGUUUACAUUUCAUCUUCUCAUCUUCUCCUCUCUAGGCCACUCAAAACGGUUACUUGUUAUCUUCAAGCUCUUUUGUAGAUCUAGCUUCUGGUUCAGUUCUAUUCUGUUUUUUGUUUGUUUUUUUGAGUAUGUAUGUCCAGUCAGACAUCCACAGCACACAAGAAGCACUCCCCAGUAUUUGGGUUAUCCCUUUAAUAUUGUAGUGUUUGUUUUUUUUGUUUUGUUUUUUUUUAGGACUGUGUCCUAGAGAGAAGCAGCUAUUCAUAAGUCACCCAUUCAGUGUCAUGUUUAGCUCCUUCAUUCAUUUGUAUUGUAACUCAGUCCAUUCAUUCAUAACUGGCGUGUUGUGCUGUGUAUGUCUAGUGCGUCACACCAUUGCUGUGUCAGGCACUAAAAUGGUGCAACAGAGCCCAACUGGCAUCAACUCUACAGAUUUUUUUUUAAUUAUUAUUAUUUAUUGAGAACUACUGGUAUUGUGUGCCAGGAUCAUGGGAAACACACAUGAUGUUCUUUAAAGCGCUCUUUUCUUUACUGGUUUACACUUGCUGUCAGCAUUGACUACUUGUUUGUUUCUUACACUAUAUUUACUGUUCAUAGUGAUGGGAGUGUCCUCAGUCUUAGAAUUUCAUUUGUUUGAUUUUUUUUUUUUAUUAUUAUUUUCUGUUUUUAUUGGCUAAGAUUGUACUAGUGUUUUGGCCAACUUUGAGUAUUUGAAGAAAAAGGUAUGCAAUAGUGUUAUGAAUAACCUCUGAUGCAGUGCUGCCGAAAGACCGAUCGCAUUCAUAAGGUCAGAUGAAUAGUGACUGAACAAGUCCAGUAUUAAAGCUAAUGCUAAAGCACUGUGAUUUUUAAAUGAAGAACAACUAGCUAAGCAGAUCUGUACAUCAAGGUAUACAUUAUUUUUCUUUGGGGAGUCUAUUUGUUCAUCAGAGUUAUCAUGUUCUAGACUACUUUCUGAAUAUAAAUACGAGUUGAUUUUCAUAUCCAAGUGUCGUAAAUAAUGAUCAUCUUGUUCAUGAAAUAAUUAUGUUCCCCAAAGGAGAUUUGCUACUGAAGACUUUUUUGUUGGCAUUUUGAAACGCCUUUGUUACUUUUUUAUUUUAAUUAUAGGACAUGUUUGGUAUUACUGGAUAGUUUGUGUGAAAGAAAAAAAAAAAAUUGAGAAAUCAGCACCUUUUAUUCAUCGACCAUCUAAAAACUUACUUUGCAUACAAAGUUUGGGAGAAUCAUUCCUUUUUUUUAACGUAAAAAUUAAGGUUUUUUUUUUUUUUGACAAUCUUAAACGCAUUGUUGACACCCUUCCAUUAAUGAAUUAAUGCACACGUUUCAGUUAUUGGCCUUAUGUGCACCUGUAUGAAAGUCUGACUACAAUCAAAUCUAUAGAACAUCUGUUAAUCUGUCCCCCUGUUGAUGUAAUUCUUGUUUAAUGAGUGUGCAACAUUUUGAUUGUGCCAAAUAUGGGCUGUUUCUGAAUUUGCGCACAAGCGCUGCCUGUACCCACAGUCGCCUCUACACAUUCCACUCGCUGUGUUUGCUGCUUGAAUCCUCUAUCGUCAUGAGUUGGUGGGGCAUGUUAUGUGAUUCAUGCUUAACCUGUCACCAUGUGACAUCCAUUUAUUGUGGGUGUGCAUCAUUAUUAAUUGCAUUGGAUGGAAACAUGCAUGAAGGAAACUGUCUAGCUGUGUUUCAUUUCUGUUAUAAAAUGGAGAGAUGAGAACACGUACUGUUGAUUUUCCUCUUUCCCCGAAGUACUUCAUUUUUGUACAGCUUGAAUGUAAAGCCAAUGAGUUUUGGGUCACGUGAGCAAACCUAAUCAGUCUUCGGAGAUUAGGUCUAAAUCCUGUGUAUGUGUCUGUAAAAUUAAUUUGUCCAUUUUGUUAAACCGUAACAUUUGAGUAAAAGCUGUAAAGCUCAAAUGAAACACCUUGAUUACGUGGUGCAAAGAAAUAAACUUGAUGAUAAAAAAUGA